GAACAUAGAGGAAGAAGAGGGACACACGGGUGAUCCUCCAUUCAGUUCAGUGUAAAUUUACUGUUGUAAUAUGGACCAAACAGGGGAGGUGGUGUGCUGUUGAAGUCACUUGGACAAAUGUUGACGUCCCGGUGCAUUGUGGGAAUAACUGCAUUGUAUUUGAGACGACAGAUCAAGCUGCAAAACAGGUGUGUUUACAAGGAAAUUCAGUAUGUUUGUUUACACUGUAUGAGUGACAGCCAGCACCAAAUAUCAAGCAUAUGUUGGAGAUUUCAGUUUUUAAUUUGGAUUUUGCAGUUAGUGAGACAGAUUAAAACAAGUUCUCUGUAAAAACAUGGUUGUGCAUUAGAUAUAUAACAGAUUAACUGGUGCUGUCAAUGAUAAACCACAGCUGACUCUCUCUGGUCUCAAUAACACCGUCUUCUGUGCAGGAUGUCGACUUUUACUCGACCUGUAGCUGCGGUAUGUCAGGUAACAGCCACCCCAGACAAACAGGCAAACUUCUCAGCCUGUAAAAAGCUGGUGGAGGAGGCAAAGACUCAGGGGGCCAGCAUGGUGUUCCUGCCCGAAGGCUUCGACUACAUCGGAUCGAGUCGAGAGGAGACUCUGUCUCUGUCAGAGAGCCUGAAAGGAGACAUUAUCUCACAGUACACACAGCUGGCCAGGUUGGUAAAAUGUUGACACAGAUGAAACUUUUUGGUGUUUUUGAAUAUGACCUGUUUAUAUGUUUCAUUACUACAUCAAAUGUGUCCAUCUUUAUCUCAUCUUGGCUAAAUGUACCAUUGUCCUCGUGUCUCCAUUGAAACUUCUCCUUCUUUCAGGAAAUUGGAGGUCUGGCUGUCUCUUGGAGGAUUUCAUGAACGAGGGCCCGACUGGGAGUCUGACAGACGAAUCUACAACAGUCACAUUAUAAUUAACGAUAAAGGUAUUUAUAAACCUCCUCUAGCCGUGAAUAAUCAUUUAAAUUUUUUUUUUACAUCAGUCAUCCUUUCCAAAAUUUGCUCGUUUAGCUGACAUGUUGUUAUUACCUCUAUAGGCGACAUCGUCUCAGUCUACAGGAAGUCCCAUUUGUUCGAUGUGGAGCUUCCAGAAAAAGGAGUGUCCCUCAAAGAAAGUGCCUUCACCAUUCCUGGACCCUCGCUUGUGCCUCCAGUUCAGACCCCCGUCGGCAAGGUGUCAUUUAAUGAGAUAAUUAUCAUCACUUUGAAUACACUCCUUUUUCAUUCAGUAUGAUACAAUAUACUAAAAGAUACAGAAUUAACUGAUAUGAUAUAAUAUGAUAUGAUAUGAUAUGAUAUGAUGGGAUAGGAUGUGGUAUGAUAUGAUUCAAAGCAAUACAAUAAGAUGCAACAAAAUGCCAAACGAUACGAUCUGAAAUGACACAAUAUUGUACAAAACCAUUUGAUACGAGGCAAUUUGAUAUGAUACAAUACAUAACUAUUAUUAAAUACAGGUCAGUAUUUUGCAUUUUAAUAUCAUACAAUAUAAUGCAAUAUGAUACAGUAGAAUACAAUAUGGUCUGAUGUAAUACAUACACAUGAUAAAGUACAAUAUAAAAUACUAGAUUUCUAAAACUCCACUCAAGUUCUAAUGGACUGAACAGAAACAGUGUUUUUAUAUCAGGUUUGGACUGAAAAGAAGUGUCUAAUUUUUAAAAAAGUGAUAAAAGUACUCAAACAUCCUAGUUAUGUUUUUUCUCUCUCUCUCUUGUAUAAAAAGUAUUUGUAUUUGUUUUUGUUCUGCUGUCACAGGUUGGACUGGGAAUCUGCUAUGAUCUGAGAUUCCCUGAGUUAUCUCUGGCCCUGCAGAGGACUGGAGCUGAGAUCCUGACCUACCCAUCAGCCUUCACUGUAGCUACAGGAGCUGCUCACUGGGAGGUGAGAUGUUUCUACAAUACUUAACAGACACAAACUUCAUUUGAAACGCUCUCACAUGUGUAUCCAUCUUCAGGUGUUACUGCGAGCUCGGGCGAUCGAGACCCAGUGUUUUGUCUUGGCAGCGGCGCAGGUUGGGCAACACCACGAGAAGCGCUCAUCGUAUGGUCACGCCCUGGCGGUGGACCCUUGGGGGGAGGUGCUGGGAGACUGUGGGGGGGAGAAACCAGGCAUGGUGCUGGUGGAGGUAGACCUGGAGAAGGUGAAGAGCACGAGGAGGAACAUGCCGGUCCAGCAGCACCGCAGGGACACGAAAUUUUAUCAGAGCCUGGAGGAGAGCUGACAACAAAGAGAAGCAAUGUUUCGGUUCUGUUUCUGCUUUUUCAGACGUUCUUGUAGUUAGUUUAUCAUCACUACAGAAGACUGAGAGUGUGAAUUAGAGGAGUUACUGAAACUGGUCAGUAGAUGGCACUGUAGGCCUGUGACCCUUGUAUGGAGACAGGGAACUGCAAAUGCUCCAGUGAAACAUUCCCUGUGUAUUUAAUGCAUACUCAACAUAUUUGAUUGUAUGUUUUCAGUGAAAUAAUUAAAAACUGUUGAAACUUGAUGAAUAUUUUGGAAAAUAAUAAACCUGCUUGGAAACAUCA